AUGUCGGAUCCGCUGGACCUUAGCAAUGCAACUUGGUUGCAUCCGAUACGAGGAAUUUUCUACUUCCUGACCCAUCCCUUCCUCUGGCCUCUCUUUCGCAGUCGCCUGGUGCCGAUAGUUCUGCUCUCCGGUUUCAUUUACACCAUCCUGUUCCUCUUUACGUACCUGCCGCAAGUCGCAUUCCUGGCCAUCUUUCAGGGCUCGGGUGCUUGGGUCAACGGCUUGUUCCUGGUUUUAGGCGAAGGGGCGGCUCUGGUUGGCGCGCUCUUCGAAGCAUUCUUCGUGGACGAGACCUUGGUCGAUGUCUUCGACGCUGUCCUCCUGAAUGAAGGCCACGAAGAGCUCAUCCGAAGAGAGAGGGUCCUCCAUCCCGAUGGCGCAGAUCCUGUCCAGAAACUCGGCAAACCUACAACGAGUGCUGUCUACGCGCCCUUCUCCCUUCGGCAAAUUAUCGAGUUUAUUGUCUUGCUCCCGCUGAAUCUGGUCCCGGUGGCCGGAGUGCCCAUGUUCCUCGUCUUGACCGGAUACAGAGCCGGUCCAUUUCAUCAUUGGAGGUAUUUCCAGCUGCUCGACUUCACCAAAAAGGAGAGGAAGCAGUUUAUCCGUAGACGCCAGUUGAAAUAUACCGCGUUCGGAACAGUCGCUCUCGUCCUUCAGUUGGUCCCAAUGCUGUCGAUGUUUUUCCUUCUAACGACAGCCGCUGGCUCCGCCAUUUGGGCAUCCGAACUUGAACGGAAAAGGAGACAGAUCGAGGAACAAAGGGCCCACAGAGUAGAAGCUGAAUAUCGCGACGACCCUUCAUGA